AUGGAGUACGCAGCAUUGCGGCCGGUAGCGUCCAGCUCGGCGCGGCCGUCGUCGUCGCGCUCGCCCGAGUCGCACUACUGGCGCAAGUUCCGCGCCCCCGUCUUUGUCAAGGAGCUCGCGCCCAUCACGUCCAUCCACUUUGUCCCGCCCGUCUCGGUCUACUCUACCGCAUCCGAGGACGACGCCGCACCCACCUCGGUGGUGGGAUCGACGUCCACCCAACCCACCAGCGUCUCGGCACGCCAAAAGUUUGCGGUGACCACGGGCGCGCGCGUCCAGAUCUACUCGAUGCGCAACGCACGCGUCGCCAAGACCAUCUCGCGCUUCAAGGAUGUAGCGCGCUCAGCGAAUUUUCGCUCCGACGGUCGACUCAUGGUGGCGGGUGACGAUUCGGGCUUGAUCCAGGUGUUCGAUACGACGUCGCGCGCGAUUCUGCGUACGAUGCGCGGCCAUUCGAAUCCGGUGCAUGUGACCAGGUUCUCGCCCAACGGAACCGAAAUCAUGUCCGCCUCCGACGAUCGCACCGUCAGGCUGUGGGAUGUACCCGAGCAGAAGGCGGUGCACGUCUUCGAGGGGCAUGAGGACUAUGUUCGAUCCGCCGUGUUUUCGCCCGACAACCCGGCGCUCUUGCUGAGUGGAAGCUACGAUGCCACCGUCAAGCUGUGGGAUGCACGCAUGGGCGAACAGGGCGGAUGCGCCAUGACCAUGAACCACGGCGCGCCUGUCGAGGACGUAUUGGUGUAUCCGACCGGCGGAGGUGGUGUGGCGCUGUCGGCGGGUGGACCCGUGAUGAAGGUCUGGGACCUCAUGAUGGGCGGUCGAUGCAUGGCGAGCAUCUCGAACCACCAAAAGACCAUCACCUCGCUCGCGCUUUCGGUCCACUCGGGUGCAGACUUUUCCGUCGACAACACCGAGUCCCUCGGCGGCAUGCGUAUCCUCACCGGAGGUCUGGAUCAUCUCGUCAAAGUGUACGAUCCAGCGCACGAUUUCAAGGUGACGCAUACGAUGCGGUACCCUUCGCCGAUCUUGUCGAUGGCAGUGUCGCCGGACGAGUCGCAUAUUGCGGUGGGUAUGGCGGAUGGCACGCUGUGUGUGCGCAAGCGCGACAUCAAGGCGAGCGAGCUCGAGCGUCGAGAAGCCGAACGCGCGGCUAUGAACGCGGGCGCGUACGAGUUCUUCAUGCAGGGGAGGGUGGCGACCAACCAGCCGGGCAAGGUGAAUGCGCGUCGGGCGACGGACGAUAUCCGCGUAGACGCCGUGCGCAAACGCAAGCUCGCCGACUACGAUCGAUUGCUCAAAUCCUUCCGCUACUCGGAUGCGCUCGAUGCUGCGCUCCGCAAAGGCGUCGCUCCCAGCGUCACAUUCGGGUUGAUUUUGGAGCUGAUUCACCGUAGUCCGAGGGGUUCGGCGGAUGGGCUUAGACGCGCUAUUGCUGGUCGCGACGAUGUGACGCUCGAACCGGUACUCAGGUUCUUGCUGCGCCACGCUGCCAACCCGAGCUAUGUAGACUUGGUCUGCGACACGCUCAACGUCAUCGUCGACACGUAUGCGGGUGUGAUCGGUCAGAGUCCGCUGAUCGACGAUCUUUUCGGAAGGAUCUGGGCCAAAGUCGCCGACGAACUGCGGUUGCAGCGCGACCUUAUGCAGGUCAGGGGAAGUCUCGAGAUGAUUCUGUCGGCUACCGCGAUAGGUGCCGCUUCCGCUGCCGCCACUGCGUAG